AUGUUGUCUGGAUUUGCUGCUCGCUCAAUUCGUAGCAGUCGCUCUUCGCCAAGUCUGGUUCGCCUGUUCUCUACUGUUAAUGCUAACAGAUCUGCUGCAGCAGCAGCAGCUAUCGGUUCAAAGAAUCAGUCCAUGAUUUCAAAACAUGUGGAGGAAGUUGAUCCAGAGAUGCAUGAAAUUCUGAACAAGGAACGUUCUAGACAAAAGCACUCUAUUACAUUGAUCCCAUCUGAAAAUUUCACUUCCAAAUCAGUAAUGGACUUACUGGGAUCUGAGAUGCAAAACAAGUAUUCCGAAGGGUACCCAGGUGAACGUUACUAUGGUGGUAACCAGUUUAUUGAUCAAGCGGAAUCCCUAUGUCAGAAAAGAGCCUUGGAAGUUUAUGGUCUAGAUCCAGAACAGUGGGGUGUGAAUGUUCAAUCUUUAAGUGGUGCACCGGCAAAUUUGUACACUUACUCCGCAAUCAUGCAAACUGGUGAUAGGCUGAUGGGUCUGGAUUUACCUCAUGGUGGACAUUUAUCACAUGGUUAUCAAUUGAGCAGUGGAACGAAGAUCUCUUAUGUCUCAAAAUACUUCCAGACUAUGCCUUACUGUGUUGACCCUGCUACUGGUUUGAUUGAUUAUGAUGCUUUAGAUAUGACUUCCAAGCUAUUCAGACCAAAAGUUAUCGUCGCAGGUACAUCUGCUUAUUCUAGAGUCCUAGAUUACAAGCGUUUCCGUGAAAUUGCUGAUGGUUGUGGUGCCUACUUAAUGAGUGACAUGGCACAUAUUUCAGGUUUAGUUGCAGCUGGUGUUACACCAUCACCUUUCGCAUUCUCUGAUAUUGUUACCACAACAACUCAUAAAUCAUUGAGAGGUCCAAGAGGAGCAAUGAUUUUCUUCAGAAAAGGUGUUAGGAAGGUUACGAAGAAGGGAAAAACUAUCAUGUACGAUUUGGAGAAAAAGAUUAAUUUCUCUGUGUUCCCUGGUCAUCAAGGUGGCCCACACAACCAUACGAUUUCAGCAUUGGCUGUUGCUUUGAAACAAGCAUCUACUCCAGAGUUCAAGCAAUAUCAACAACAAGUUGUGGAAAAUGCACGUAUCUUUGGUGAAGCAUUAAGCAAGCGUGGUUUUAAGCUAGUGUCCGGUGGUACCGAUACUCAUUUGAUCUUAAUUGAUCUUUCAAAUUUGGGAAUUGAUGGUGCACGUUUAGAAACUAUAUUGGAAAAAUUAAAUAUCGCUGCUAACAAAAAUACUAUUCCAGGUGAUAAAUCUGCUCUUUUCCCAUCAGGAUUGAGAGUUGGUACACCAGCAAUGACGACCAGAGGUUUCAAAGAAGCAGAAUUUGCGAAGGUUGCUGAAUUUAUAGAUACAGCUGUUAAACUAGCUAUCGGUUUGAAAUCUCAAGAAUCACCAGACUCGAAAGAUGUCAGAGCACAACUAGCAGACUUCAAGCGGUUAUGCGAGGAUUCUGAACAGGUCAAAAUACUAUCUCAAGAGAUUUCACAAUGGGUUGGUGAAUAUCCAGUCCCAGGUGAAUUAUAA